AUGGGACAAGAGAACUCAAAACAGGUAGUGAAGAAAACAUCACUUGACCUUUCAAAUCAAUUUAUUUCUCAGCUUCCUCAAACUGUUGGGAAUUAUUCAGAGUUAGUAUCGAUUGAUUUACAUCAAAACCAAAUUACAUCUAUUGAGGCUUUAAGUCAACUAAAAACUUUGACAUUUCUUGAUGUUAGUAAUAAUGAUUUAGAUAUGAUUCAUGACAUGGUAUUUGUAAAUAAUUCAUCAUUAUUAUGUGUUUUAGCUGAAAAAAAUAAAAUUACUAAAAUCACUCCAUUAAUUGGAGCUCUUCCUUUAUUUAAAUUAAACUUUGGAAAUAAUUUAAUUUCAAUAGUUCCUGAUACUAUUGGUGAUUGUACUUGUCUAACAUAUCUUUGUUUUGCACAUAAUCAAAUCGUUGAAAUACCACCAACAAUUAGUAGACUAACAUCAUUAAAACAAUUAAUCAUUUGUGGGAAUAAAAUUAAAAGUAUACCAUCAUUAGAACGUUGUCCCAUUACACAUUUAGAUUUAGCAGAUAAUGAAUUAGAUGAAUUUCCAUCUUCUAUUUGUAAAUGUCCAUUGUUAAAGUUAUAUAUGGACAAUAAUAAUAUUUCUUCUAUUACAAAUGAUAUUUCUUUAUUGGUUUCAUUAAAAGAACUUACUCUUGGAAGUAAUGUUUUACACCAUCUUCCAAAAGGGUUAAUUCAAUGUGCUUCUUUACAGUCUUUAGAUUUAGAAAAUAAUCAAUUAGAUGCUUUUUAUUCUACUCAUCCAUCAAUCUCAGAAAUAUUUGAAUAUUUAGCUGGAAGUGAUCCAAUUCCUUCUCGUUCACAGAAAAAAGUAUUAUCUAAAUCAAAAAUGGAAAGAAGAAAAGAAUCAAUAGAAUUCCAAAAAUCUCUUCAAGUUGAAACAAAAACUAGAGUUUAUGAACCAGCACCACCAAGAAGACUAUUAAUUAGAAUAUUUGGAGAAGGAGAUGCUGCAUGGGUUGUAUUAGUUAAAUGUGAAAAGAAAGAUGGAACACCAGAUAAAGUUACUAUUUAUCGUAAUGACUGUUAUAUUUUUGAUACAGGAAAACAAUUAAUUGUUUUUUAUGGUAAAGACGCAAGUAAAGCAAAAAGAAACAAAACAAAUGUAUUUGUUGAGAAUUUAAAAACAGAAAAAGGAAUUAAACAAAUAGAAAUUAUUGAUGGAUCAAAAAAUAAACGUGUUAAAACAGAAGAAUUACUUAAACCAUUUAAUGCUUAUUUUGAAAUUGGAGUUAUAAAAGAAAAAUAUAAAGCAAAAGAAACUAUGGAAAGAAUUAGUGAAUUUUUAAAAGUAUUUGUUAUUGCAUUACAACGACAUGGUCCUCAAAUUCUUCUUGUUCCUGGAAGACCUUCUAUUAAUCAAUUAAACACUAAUACUACUGUUGUUAUAGAUACAGGUGUACUUGUCUUUGUUUGGUGUGGAAAAGAAACAUCUCCAACAGAACGAACUGUCGCUGUACUUAAAGCUGAAGAAUUACUUGAUAUGAGUUUUAGAAGAAGAGACAAAAUGGAGUUUGUCAUUGAAGGUGCAGAGACUCAACUAUUUAAAGAAUAUUUUGUUGAAAAUGCUGAUGGAGAAAAUGAACGUAAAGUUCUUGGAACAGACAAAGUUGAUGGUUUAAAUGAAGACAAUGAACGAAUGAUGUAUGAAGAUAUGUUAAAAUCUAUGCUUGAAGACAUUACUCUUAAUCCUUUAGAUUUUACGUAUAACAAUUUUGGAAUUGACGAUGAAGAAUAUGACUAUACUGAUGACGAUGAUGAUAUAUUUGCUAAUGAAAUAUCAUCAUCAGACAGUUCUUAUGUGUCUGAAGAUUAUGGUCGUGUCUCAGAACAAGACAUUGAUAUAGAAGAAAUAAGAGUUGUUACUCCUUCUAUUUUUGAGUCUAAGAAAGAACUUGGUAUUGAGAAAGAACACAUUAAAAAUCAAAAAGAAGAAGUUAAGAAGGAAAAAGGUAAUUUGGUUGAAGAGAAGUUAGUUGAAAUGAAGGUAGAACAAUCAACAACAAUCAAAGAAUCAAAUAAGAAAGAAUUAGAAAAACAAAAAGCAGAGGAAGAAGAAGAAAAAAAGAAACAAGAACAACUAGAAGCAGAAAUCAAAAGAAAACAACAAGAAGAAUAUAACAAGAAAAAAGUUGAAGAAGAGAAGGAAAGAAUCAAAGAAGAAACAAGAAGAAAAAGAGAAGAAGAACGUCAAAGAAUUGAAUUAGAACGAGCUAAAUUAGAAGAAGAAAGAAAAAAGAGAGAACAAGAAAGAAUCAAGAGAGAACAAGAACGUAAGAAAAAAGAAGAAGAACUUGAAAGAAUAAGAAAAGAAGAAGAAAACAAAAAGAAAGAAAUUGAAGAAAAAGAAAGAAAGAAAAAAGAAGAGGAAGAAGAAAAAGAAAGACAAGUCAAAGAAGAACAAAAAAAGAAAGAAUUAGAGGAACAACAACGAAAAGAAGAAGAAGAAAGAGAAAGAAAAUUAGAAGAAGAAAUUAAAAGAAUUGAAGAAGAAGAAAGAAAGUUACAAGAAGAAGAGGAAGAAAAUGAAAGAAAGUUACAAGAAGAAGAAUUAAAAAUUAAACAAGAAGAAGAAAAUAAAAGAAAAGAAGAAGAGUUAAAGAUUAAACAAGAAGAAGAAAAUAAAAGAAAAGUAAUUGAAAAUAAACCACUUAAAGACAAAAAAGAAUGGAAAGACUUAGUUGAAAAUGAAGAAGUUAAGACAAUGAAUAUCAAAAAACGACCAAGUAAAAAACAUAGAACUAAAGGAACUAAAACAGUUGCUCAAGCAGAAAGAGAUGCAGUUGGAAGUACUAAACAAACAACUGAAAAAGCUACUGCUCGUGUAUUAGCAGAAGAUUUAUUAUUUCAAAGAAAGAAAUUAGCAGCUGCACCAACAGGAAAUGCAAGGGAUAUUAAAAGGUUAAUUCAUAUUAAAGGAAAAAGAAAUCCAUUUGCAAGAUUGGUUGAAUGUUCAUGGGAAAGUUUAAAUUCAGGAGAUGCAUUUAUAUUUGAUCCAGGAAAAGGUGCUAAAUGUAUUUAUGUAUGGCUUGGAAAAAGUAGUAAUAAAAUGGAAAAAGGUAAAGCUAUGGAAUUAUCAAAAAUGAUUGCUAAAGAACGAGGAGGUGUUAAGACUGAAACUAUUGAUGAGGACAAUGAACCUAAAGAAUUUUGGAAAGCACUUGGAGAGAAAGAAGGUAAAAUUAAAAGUGCAGAAGAUGGAGGAGAUGAUUUAGUAAUGGAAUUAGCUCAAAUGAAAUAUGUUACAUUAUAUAAAUAUUGGUGGGAUGGAUUAAAAGAAAAAGUGGAUAUUGAAAGAUGGAGUUAUGAAGGAAAGGAAAUUAGUAAAAGUUCAUUAGAAGUGAAUAGUUGUUAUAUAUUAGAUUGUUAUAGUGAAAUGUAUAUGUGGGUUGGUACAAGAGUAAUUAAAGAUAGAAGACAACAAUAUAUUCAAGAUUGUCAAAAAAGAUAUUUAGAAAGAAGAAAAGAAGUUUGGGUUGCACCACUCUAUUUUGAAUUUCCAGGAUAUGAACAAGCAAUGUUUAAAGAACGAUUUUGUGAUUUUUAUGAUAAUAAUACUAAUAUAAAGAAAAAUCCAAUGAUUCCAUUUGAUGAUCAGAAAAAAAUUGUACGUGGAAGUGCUGUUGAUUAUUCAAUGAUGUUAACUAAAGAAAUUCCAAUUAGAAAAGAAGUGUUUAUUGAUAAUGCAGAUGGUAAAAAGAAAGUAUGGAGAAUUGAUGAUUUUGAGCGAGUUGAUGCUCCAAUAGUUGGAGAGUUUUUUGAAAGUGAAAGUUAUAUUAUUCAAUAUACUUAUAUUAAAUGGAAUAAUGAAUAUCAUAUUUUAUAUUUUUGGCAAGGAAGGAAAUGUCCAAUAUUAGAUAAAGGAACAAGUGCACGACUAACUGUUGACUUACAUAGAAAAUUAAAAGAUGAAGCAAAAGAAUAUCGUAUUGCACAAAAUACAGAAACAAAUCACUUUUUAGCAAUAUUUGAAUUUAUGGUAAUUCGUCUUGGAAAAGAUCCGUUUGCAAAAGAAGAAACUAAAGGAAAAAGAACUUGGGAUUAUGACAUUCUCAAAAAUACUAAAAAAGAACAACGAUUAGUAUUUGAUAUUAGAAAAUGUGGUGUUAAUUUAGAACAUGUUAAGGCAGUAGAAAUUGAACAACAUGACAUUCCUAAUAGAUUAACUUCAGAAGGAAUUUUCCUCAUUACUACAGAAAAUAUUACUUAUCUUUGGAAAGGAAAAUUAACAGGAAAAAAAGAAUUAGAAUUUACUCAUCUUUUAAUUCAAAAAUAUAAUGAUGUACAAAGAAAAGAUGUUAUUGAAAUGAAUGAAGGAGAAGAAACAGAAGAGUUUUGGAAUGUUAUUGGAGGAAAAAGGAUAUUAAAAACAAAGAGUGUUGAAUGGAAAAAUAGAUUAUUUGAAAUGUCAAGUAAAAGUGGAGUAUUUGCUGUUGAAGAAGUAACAGAUUGGUAUCAAGAAGAUUUAGAACCUAAAGCUGCUAUGUUAUUAGAUUGUUAUGACAUUUGUUAUUUAUGGAUUGGAAAAGAAAUAUCUGCUAUUGAUAAAAAAUUUGCUAUGGAAACAACAAAUGAAUUUAUUAAAAGAACUAAAGAAAAUGAAAGAAUGAAUAGAGAAUGUUGGUUGGUUUAUGAUGGUAAAGAACCUUUUGUAUUUACAAAUUAUUUCCAUGGAUGGAGAGUAAAUAAAAAACAAGUGAUAAGUGUUAAUGACCAUAUGGAUAAUUGUUUAGAAGAAUUAUUGAAAUUAACUAAAACAUAUUCUUAUGAUGAUCUUGUUCAUCAUAGAUUCCCUGCUGGUAUUGAUAUGUCUCAAUUAGAACAUUACUUAAGUGACACUGAAUUUGAACAAGUUUUUAAAAUGACAAGAGAACAAUUUGAAGCACAACCAAAAUGGAAACAACAAAAGCAAAAACAUGCACUAAAACUUUAUUAA